AUUCUGGAGAAAUUGAGUCUUACUCAACUGACGUGUUUAUUCUGAGGAAGAUUCAUACCAGACACGAAACAUUACAUUUGUUUCUCUCUCCACGGAUGCUGCCAGACUUGCUGAGUUUCUCCAGCAAUUUCUGUGUUCCGUUAAGAUUUAUACGUGUCUUGUUUUAGGUGAUGUUCAGGGUUAUAUUCACUUGCAAAUAUUAAAAUGGAAGCAGGUCAGGAAAUGAUUUGCAAAGCACUGAUGUAACCCUGAGAGUUGUGUUUGAGAAUGGGCUGCAUUGAUCAAAUGAAUGCUGUUUGAACGUACAGUCAGCGGCCUGGAGCUAAGUGGAAUGAUCUCCCCCUGACACAGGUAUUGACAUGGACAGCGCAGUAUAAAGCAGCCGCUCCUGCUGAUAUUCCUGCCAUGGAGAAGCUCUCAGAGUGGUUGAUCAACAAUUUACCGGAUAAUGACCAGGAGGCAGUGAUAGUCCAUGGUGACCUCCGAAUCGAGAACUUCGUAUUUCACCCCACUCAGGCCCGAGUCAUUGCUGUGUUGGACUGGGAGCUCUCCACCAUUGGGAAUCCUAUUGCUGACCUGGCCUAUGCUUGUAUGCCUUUCUAUUGGCCCAGUGGAACCCCCUUCCCAGGAUGUAGCAAUGAUAUCGCCAUUCAGGACGUGGAGGGAAUGCCAUCGUGUGUUGAGCUGAUCUCUACGUACAGCCACUGUCGAGGUCUCCAUCUUCCUCUACCCAAUUGGACCUUCUUCCUGGCUCUAUCCUAUUUCAAAGUUGCCUCCAUUCUGCAGGGCGUGUACACACGGGCGUUGCUAGGAAACGCCAGUGCUGAGAAUGCGCACAAAUACGGUGGAAGUAUCGAACCUCUGGCUGAAACCGGACUGCAACUCUGCCAUCGGAAAUUGGAAUCGUCGAAGGCGAGUUUUCCCUGGAAGAGAGGCAUGUUUCAGCAGUCAGUCCUGGGUGAGAGUGUCCUUCAGCAGCUGAGGGAGUUCAGUAAACGGCAUGUGUACCCAGCAGAGCAGGAAGUUGCAGAGUACUAUGCAGCAAAUGUGCAAUCAACCCUCAGAUGGCAGAAACCUCCCGUUAUAGAGGCACUGAAGCACAAGGCGAAAGCUGCAGGUCUCUGGAACCUCUUCCUGCCAGCAGUCAGCGGCCUGACUCAGUUGGAUUAUGCUUUCAUUGCUGAAGAAACUGGAAGAUGCUUCUUUGCUCCUGACGUUUUCAACUGCCAGGCUCCAGACACAGGGAACAUGGAGGUGCUACACUUGUACGGAACGGAAGAGCAGAAGAAGAGAUGGCUGGAACCUCUGCUUGACGGAGAAAUCCAUUCGUGUUUUUGCAUGACAGAGCCGGACGUGGCUUCCAGUGAUGCCACCAAUGUUGAAUGUACCAUUCACCGGGACGGAGAGAGCUAUGUCAUCGUUGGCAAGAAGUGGUGGGCCAGUGGGGCUGGGAAUUCAAACUGUAAAAUCGCUAUUGUCAUGGGCAGAACGGAAAAUAAACAUCUUCCCAGGCACAAGCAACACAGCAUGAUUCUUGUUCCCAUGGAUACACCAGGGGUAAAGGUCAUCAGGCCCCUGACAGUAUUUGGAUACGAUGAUGCUUUCCAUGGUGGACACUUUGAGAUACAUUUCAACAAUGUUCGAGUUCCUGUAUCCAACAUUCUGUUAGGUGAAGGGAGGGGAUUCGAAAUAGCCCAAGGCCGGCUAGGACCUGGACGAAUCCAUCAUUGCAUGAGGACAAUUGGAAUCGCGGAACGUGCCCUGGAGCUGCUGUGUCAGCGAGCAGCUCAGAGGAAGACGUUUGGGAAGAAACUUUAUGAACAUGAAGUAAUUGCUCAUUGGAUAGCAGAGUGUCGCAUUGCCAUUGAACAAGCCCGGCUUCUUACACUGAAAGCAGCCAAUGCAGUCGAUACCAUGGGGACCAUGGCAGCAAGGAAGGAGAUCGCCAUGAUCAAGGUUGUUGCUCCACGGAUGGCCUGUAAAGUGGUGGACUGUGCCAUUCAGGUCUAUGGAGCAGGUGGAGUCUCUGAGGAUCUCCCUUUUGCGCAUAUGUAUUCAAUGGUACGCAGCCUGCGUAUAGCUGACGGGCCAGAUGAAGUGCACCUCUCUGCGAUAGCAAAACUGGAGCUGAGGGAGCAGCUUAAAAACUCCCUGGCGAAACUAUAAGUAAUUGUCAGAAUGCAAGAGCAUCCUGAAGAAGGGCUUAUGCCCGAAACGUCGAUUCUCCUGUUCCUUUGAUGCUGCCUGACCUGCUGCGCUUUUCCAGCAACACAUUUUUAAGCUCAGAAUGCAAGAGCUGCCAGGCCAGCAGCUGACAGAGAUAACAUAACGUUGGUCUCCUGUUUUCCAAUGCAAUGAUUGAUUGAAGUAUCAAUUACCGGAAAUAUUACACGUUGGACAAUGAACCACCUAACAUAUUAAUUCAGCAUCUGUACACCAAUUACAUCUGUGUUUCUGCUCUCCUAGCACCGCUGUGUUAUAAUUUGGAAAAACAACCAUUCACGCAGAAGUGAUUUAUUUCUUUGUGUUUGGAGCGUAUAUUGGUGGGGAACAAAUGUGUCAGAGGAAGCAAAACUGUUGGCAUAAUGCAGUAAUAAAAUGAUCAAAAGCAUGUUGUAGAUUUGCAUAAUAUAAUUACUGUCAGUAAACUGUGACAAUGCAGGGGAAGUAAUGAAAUCCCAUAUUCCCUGGCCUAUUCUGCUGCUGCUCCUCGGUUUCUUUAUUUAUCCUGUACAUUAAUCAGUUUGAAGCAGUUAUCGAGGACAGAUUCCGCCAGAGCACUCUUCCCACUGCAUAGAACCUGGCGUGUUCGAAUGUAUUAACAACAACUUGAGUGCCUUUAAUGUACUGAGUUAAAAAUCACGCAACACCAGGUUAUAGUCCAACAGGUUUACUCGGAAGCACUAGCUUUAAUGUACUGGAGCAUCCAAAGGGACUUCAUCAGACAUUCAUCCAAAAAUUGAGGAUGCCCAGCCUCGUGAAGACAUAUGAGGCUGGAUGGUCGGAAUUGUGGUCCAUCAGAUUGAUCUGAAACAGUGUCUGAAAGGAAAUGAGAGAGAGCAGGGGAGAGGUUCUCUGGGGUAGUUCCAGGACUUAGGGCCUAGACAGCUGACUAUAUGAAAGGCUGUGGCAGAUGGAUCAAAAUUGGGAAUGUAAAUAAGGCCCAGAAUUGGGCAAGCCACCGAGACUUUUGAGAGGUGAUAGAGCUGGGAGUAGAUUGCAAAGAUGAAGAGCGUUUGAAAAUGAGGAAAAUAAUUGAGAUGUUGCCAGUGCAGGAGCUAAUACAAUGAUAAUAAAUCUCACUUAUGCAAAAUUAUGGACACUAAUCUGCCAUAUUUUAGCAAAUGUUUCAAAAAACAUUUUUCUUCUGUUAAUUACUUCCGAGAGAGCAGGGGAAAUCAAUUGACUUGAUGCCAAAUUCAAUCUAAUAUGCUCCUCUAACAUGCGGCUCCAAGGAUGUAACUGGUCGUUUGAUAUGACAUGACUUGUUAAUGUUUUCACAGGUCGGCUGCCACAUUUAUUUACCAAAGAAUGUUGACAGCUUUUCUGAAAGUAAUUGAUUGGUUUCAGAGUGCUUUGGGAUAUCUUGAAUAUAUGAGAAAAGGCCCUUUAUAAACGCAAACGCAUCUCAAAGUGUUCUCAUUGCUUUUUGAUGUGCGUUCAGGGGAAUGAGGGUGUUUUUGACUGGACUAACAUUUAUUGUCCAUUAUUAAUUGCAUCAGAGAAGGUGGUGGUGAGCUACCUUGUUGAACCACUGCUUCCUUGGGGUGUACACACACCCAUUGUGCUGUUAGAAUUGGAAUUAGAGUGAGGUUUUAUUGUAACGUGUACUUGAGUAGACAAUAUAGGAGUACGGUGAAAUGCCAUUCACAUCUUAGGAACAAGCUCCUUGGGUGUUAAAUCGUCGUAAAAAGAAGAAAAAUAAAGAAAUAAUUUAAAAGUU